AUACUGCAAGCAUAGAGAUUCAAAUUCUAUCAGUUCAAAAGGAAUGUUCUGUUUAAUACAGAGACAAGGGUCGAGGCGGCGUUACAUGGCUAUAGUAAAUUCUGAUGGGUCAGUUGCCAAAGCAUGGCCAUUUCAGCAUGAAGAUAAAACUAGGGAGAUACAUAAAUCUAGUGCUACUCCCAGUGAGAUUAGGAAUCCAAUCUAUGGUCCAGUCCAAGUUCAUGAUGCUGAGCCUGUUAAUGUUCAGUUUGGUCAUUUUGGGGUAGCUUCUUGGCCGAAUGGCACAGAGAGUACAAGCUAUAUGGGCAGCUUAAAUGAUUGUAAAGUGGAAGAGGAUGAAGUGAUGACUCAGUUUUCUUCUUUGCACCAUGAAGUGCAUGAGAAGGAGCUCGCAGAAGAAGUGGCUGCAUUGAACAGUGAGGAUGAGGCUUUGCAACAAGAUAAAGAUGAUUCUAGUGAUGCAACUGGGAAGCAUGGAGAUGAGAUGGAAGGUUCAGUUGCAGUCAUUGACACAAUUGGAUGAAGGGUAAUGGGAUGUGUGAUGAUGCUACAAUCAUGGAAAUGCAGGGUCAUCCUACCAAUCUUGUUGAUGAUUCUCACUAACAGCAUAAGCUCUCAAAGCAGCUCUAUGAGACAAUUGAGAAGACCAAUCCAUGAAGCUUGCUGUGUCCAUAGCCUUCCUCUUGGAAGAAGUCAUCAACAAGCUUAAGAAUAUGACUGCUCAAACAUUUUC